AUGAGAGAAUCUCUGAAUGUAAAACACCGGAUCCUGCAGUUGGUACGGAGUCAGGAGGGCUGGGGAGUGACUUACACCUCUACUGAGAUCUGCACUUUGAAAGGAUCAACAGAGAAAAUACACUGCACCUACACAUACCCCCCCAGAAUCCAUGGAAAUGUCACAGUGCUGGAAACAGCUUCAUGGUUUACUGAAGGUAAAGAUCAAGUCCCCGUGGAUCUGAGGACACAGACAGAGUAUGCUGAUCGUGUACAGUAUCAAUGUGGAGAAAAGGAAUGCACCCUGGUGAUUGAAGACCUGAGAGAGAGCGACUCAGCUGAGUACAAGUUCAGGUUCACGACCAACCAACCAGGUGGAGGUUAUACAGCUAAACGUGGAGUCGUCCUGUCGGUCACAGUUCUCCAGGUUGAAGUGACGAAAACAUCUCCAAUAUUGUGGCCUUCAUGGGCAGAACUGAGGUGUUCCAGGUCUUGUCACGUCACUGAUGGUGAAUCAUUCGUCUGGUUCAAGAAUGGACUGAAAACUGACACAGGAAACUCUUUUAUGAAAGCCUACUUUGGGAAAGAAGACAGCGUUUCCUGUGCUGUAAGAGGACAUGAGAAGUUCCCUUCUGCUUCAGUCUGUGUCCGUCGUCCCACCUGUAACAAAGUGACUUACACAGACAGAAGCAUCUGUGCCCCCAAAGGCUCAUCGGUGGAUAUUUCUUGCACAUACAGUCCUGGAAAUGGUGUUGUAUCAAAGAGUUGGUUCAACCCUCACAACAAUAACCACUUACUUCGUGAUAAAGACCGUGUUCAGCUCCAUGAAACAGAAGCAGGAAGGUCAACUCUGAGAAUACGGGACCUUAGAGACACUGAUUCAGCUGAAUAUCGCUUCAAAUUCAAAACAAGGGAUUUUGAAUGGGGCAACGAUUUACCUGGAACGACUCUGACUGUCACAAAUCUGCAGGUGCAGGUGAACAGAAUAAUAGCAGUCCAUGAGUCUUACACUGAUGUGGAGCUGAAGUGUCACAGCAGCUGCAAACCAGCUGCUCAUCGUUCCUACAUCUGGUUUAGGAACGGACAGAAAAACACAAUCCAGCAAACUUCUAAAUACAGAGACAACUUUCAUCUUGAAGACAAUGUCUCCUGUGCUUUCAAAGGAUAUGAGGACCAUCAAUCUCCUCUAGUAUAUCCUUUAAAGCUGCCCUCUAUAUUCGCCAGUCCCUCUGGUGAGAUCGUAGAGGGCAUGUCAGUGAAUCUGACCUGCUUCACCUAUGCUAACCCAGCAGCUAAGAAUACUCUGUACAAGGGGAACCAAACGCUGCCUCUGGGAUCAGCAGGUAUUUAUAACUUCUCCUCCAUCAGCUCUGAGGAUAGAGGGAUCUACUCUUGCAAGUCUGAGGAUCAACACUCUGUAUCUUUGGUCCUUGAUGUCCAGUAUGCUCCAAAGCUCCCGUCUGUGUCAGUGAGUUCCUCUGGUGUGAUAUCAGAGGGAACCUCAGUGACGCUGAGCUGCAGCAGUGAUGCUAACCCAGCAGCUAAUUACACCUGGUACAAGGAGGAUGAAGACUCACCAAAAGCUUCAGGAAACAACUUCACUAUCAGUGACUUCAGUGCUGAAAACGGUGGAAAUUAUUACUGUGAAGCCCAGAACAGCAGAGGACGACGUAGAUCCAGAUUUCAUCUGAUUGAAGGGGAAGGUCCAUGGAAGUUUCUAGUAUCUGUUUUGAUUAAAGUUAUUUCUCUGCUUUUCUUCGUCGUCUCAUCCUUACUGUUGAUAAGAGAGAGGUGCUUGAAGAACCAGCUGAGGACUCAGGAGAGACCAGAAUACAGUAUAGAGAUGGUCGAUUAUCAGAAUGUUACAAUUCCCACAUCGGAGACAAACCUCAUCCAUUCAGCUAUUCCAACAUGAAGAGCAGGACACAGCCUCAGCUCUCAGGGAGGUGCAGGAAGGAGAGAUGGAUCAGCUGAGGAGGAUUCAUCAGGACUGAACAGAGUCCAUGAAGACAGCAGAGCUGAAUGAAUUCUUGUAGACAGAUUUACCAAAAUGCAGCAACGAGGGGAAAAUGUAAUAUUAAACACAUCUCUGAGCGAAGAAGCAUAUGCACAUUUAUCGUAGCGCUGUAAGACCUUAGCAGGAAGUAACAGCCUUUAUCUUUUUGUAAAAUCUUUCAUGUGGCUGGAGCUGGUGACCAUCUCAGCACCACCACUG